GUGGCGCAGCGCGACGCUGCAGGCCUGGGAGAGGCUCAAGAGGCCGCCGCCGCACCGGGGGCGGCUGGAGAUGCCGGCGCUGACCGCGGACGUCGCCGUCGUCAACAGCGCCCGGGAAGUUGCCCAAGGCGUCGCCAUUGCGCCGCCGUGCUUUCUCCAGAGCGGCAAGGGGUCCGCGAUCUUCCGCGCUGCGGAGCACGGCGCUAUUGGCAGCCUCGGCAUCGAGAGCACAUUGCGCCUGGCCCCAUCCAUCAAGUACAUCACCCUGGCGGAGAUCCCCAACAAGUGCAAGGCGAACAGGAAGAAGGAAUCGCCGAACACAUUGCUGCUCCCUUUGAUGGGGUGCUUCGUUCACGCGUGCAAUGGCAUCGUGAGCAAGUCCUUGGGCGAGACGAAGAUCAUCGGAGACAUCCACGCUCUGAGCACGGUCCACCAGAGCGUGGCCAUGCACGGCAAGAUGAAGACUGCCCUCGAGGAUCUCGUCAGGGACCAGUUCGAGUUCAACGAGGUGGACGAGGCCGACCCACGGUGGUCAUCGCACUUGCGGUCCAUGUUUGAGGAGACGCUGGGGUGCGACCUCAGGGGCAGCACAGACAUGCGCGGGUGCGAGACUUCGCCAGCGCAGGCCAGCACGGCCAACUUGACGGCUGCUUCGAAGGCUCUCCAGAUGAUCAACGGCGACAUCAGGCGGCGUGGCAGGCUCGUUCAUUUCGAACGUUCCUGCGGCAAGUGCAUGGAUGAGGACACAGCCAGGGGCAACUACCUGGCCGCGCUGUUGGAGUCGGGGGUCCUGCGAUCCCAGAACGUCGUGAGGCCAGUCAAGUCGGAGUUUGGGUCGUGCCACGCCGAGAUGGUGAAGCAGUCCUUGGGCGUGGUGGUUCACGGCGUCGAACCAAGGUGCUUGGUCAAAGCGUUCGGCGACAUCAGGCCCGGCAGGUCCGCGGACGAGAGGGAGGACUCGGAUGAUUGGAGGCGCUACCUUAGGAGCAAGGCUGCCCGGGCAACUCGUUGCAUGCAGGACUCAGCAUGGACGACGCUGUUCUUGACGACGAUGUUCUGUGCGCGGGUUCCCACGCACUUGUGGCGGCGCCUCGAGUGGCUCGACGAGAACGGCGGAGCGCUGGCCGACAUUUGCAGAGGGAGGCAGACGAAUCCAAUUGAUCAUUGCCUUCAGGACUUCGCCCAGAUGCUGACGCAGCCCCACGCCACCAGCAGUCUUUCAGCUUUGUGGUACCAGCUAGAGUUGGACGAGUCCGAGCUUGAGAGGGGUAAAGACAUUGCCACUGGGAUGUUGUUGAGCAUGUGGGUUCAGAUCGAGCAUUUUUUGCAUGUCCAGUUUUCGCAUUGGCCUCUACGCUUGUUUACCGUGCUGUAUCUGUCACCUGACGAGGGCAAGCGCGUGUGCGAGGAGUUCUUCGGCGCGCCUGCCUGCGACCUCGAUGACAUGGGCGAGAAGAUCCGCAAGCUCUUCGAGGAUGGCCCGUCCUUGUUCAACGACGCGGCGUUCUGGGAUGCCAUGCGGUUGGCCGCGGCCAAGACGCGAGUGUGCAAUAUGCACGUGGAGCGCCUCUUGAAUCUGGUCAACAACUGUGUCCCAUCUGAAGGUGCUCCGCCCGUCAUGGAGAAGUUGGCCGCGAGUGGCAUUCUCGCCCAGUUCCUCGCGCAGCACAUCACCGCCGGGGGGCGAGAUCCACGAGUAGACUCUGCGAAAGACAUGGAGGACCACGGCAUUGAGCUUCAGAGGACGCGGCCAGCCGCUGUCAGCAAGCGUGGAGGCGCCAGAGCGAACUUGAAAUACGCCCACCAGAAGUGCGGCCGCAUGAGCGAGACCAUGGAUCGAGAGGCCUACUUGAUUGAAUUCAAGAAGGCCCUGCAGGACUACACGCAGUUGGACUCGGCGACCAAGAAAGAGCUUCAGCAUAGUAUCGACAGGGAGCGCCAGGACUCGCGAGCAAUGCCUGAGUUGCCAGGCUCUGUUUCCUCGAAGCCUGCUUCUCUUUUCGACUUGGCUGGCGACGGUCUCCCGUUGGCGACUGCGAGGUACCUCCAGCACGCUGGCCGCGCGGCGGUCGACGCCAACGCCAGCUUCGAGUCGUGGGGGCCUGCGUGCCGGGAGGACUUCCAGCGCGGCGUCUUCGUCAUGGACCAGCUCGACAUACCCGACAAGAACAAAUACGUGGACAGGGCGCCUUGCUACCGCCAGAACCCUGGCAUUUGCCGCUCGGAGGUCGACGAGUGGGAGAUGUGCGUGGACAUCGGGCAGGCCCUCUGGGAGACGAUCUACUCGGAGGAUCACGAGGGCAAGUGGAUGAGGUUCACCAUGCGCGACGACGGCGGCGAGCACGUGCCCGACACCCCGCACUCCAUCAUUGCUGCGUGCG